AUGAAGCACAGAGUUCUGCAUAUUAUACGACCCUCCGAUAUCGAGGUUGUGAUGUCACAUUCGAAGAAUAUAUCGAAGAGUUUAGUAUACGAGUUUCUGAAGGACUGGCUUGGCAAUGGCUUACUAUUGAGCACCGGAGCUCAUUGGCACAAACGCCGCAAGAUCCUAACGCCUGCCUUCCAUUUCAAUAUUCUGAAAAAUUUCCUAACAGUCAUGGACGAAAAGAACAGGGAACUGGUUAGUCUUUUGAAGGAGAAGAAGGGUGCUGCCGUGGAUAUAGUGCCUAUUAUCAGUGAUUUUACUCUGUUUACAAUUUGCGAAACGGCAAUGGGCACAAAACUGGACAAUGAUCAGUCAGAAGCUACAGUAGCAUAUAAAGACGCCAUUGUACAUAUUGGCCUUCUAAUCCUGAUCAGAGUCACUAAAAUAUGGAUGUGGACUGAAUUCGUAUUUAAAAACACGGCUACAGGAAAACAGUUCUACAAAAUCCUCGACACUGUCCGGUCCUUUGCUGACAAUGUAAUUAAGGAUAGAAAAGCCCAAUUUAAACAGAAUAAGAUUGCAGAAGUUUCAGCUGAUACUGAUGUAGGUACUAAGAGGAGACUGGCGAUGUUGGAUUUGCUGCUUGAAGCUGAAGGGAAGGGAGAGAUUGACAUUGAAGGGAUCAGAGAUGAAGUUAAUACGUUUAUGUUUGAGGGCCAUGACACUACAGCAAUUGCAAUCACCUUUGGUUUGAUGUUACUGGCGGACCAUGAAGACGUUCAGGACCGUAUCUAUUGGGAACUUCAGUCUGUUCUAAACAACACCGACCGCUCUCCUACGAUGUCUGACUUGGCUGAUAUGAAAUACAUGGAGGCUGUAAUCAAGGAGAUCCUCAGACUUUAUCCCAGUGUUCCGUUCAUUGGCCGUCAGAUUGACGAAGAUUUCGUGUUGGAUGGCCUACUAGUCAAAGCAGGUACGACAAUCGACAUGCACAUCUACGAGCUUCAUCACCGUGAAGACCUGUUCCCUGAUGCUGAAGCAUUCAAACCUGAGCGGUUUCUCCCUGGCAGUGAACUGAAGCAUCCGUUCUCCUACGUACCAUUCAGCGCUGGACCUAGAAACUGCAUUGGUCAACGCUUCGCCAUGCAGGAGUUAAAGAGUGCAUUCUGCGAGAUUAUCCGCAACUUCAGACUGGAGCCGAAGGUUAAGGGUGCCAGGCCAAGGGUCAUAGCCGAUCUGGUGAUGAGACCCGUCGAACCCAUACUCAUUAAAUUUAUACCACGUAAAUAA